AUGUUGGGCGGCCCUCGGAGUGCGCUGGUAGUACUGCUUUGCGUGGUCACAUUUUGCAUGAGUGUCUUGGGUAAAAAACAUCAAAAUAGCCCAUAUGAGAAAGUACGGUUCUCCGAUAUCCGGACACUGACUUUGUACCGCGGACGGAUGACAACGGCACGUCGUUUGGAGCCUAUACCACAACUUACUUGUGAAGGAAGCUUGUGCCACAAAUUUCAGCCUGCCGUGAUUCAGUGCCAAAGCACCGGUGACAAUCAAUGGAAAUGUGAGUCGCAGCUUCCUUUGUGGGCUCAGUUGGGGGCUGUCGAGGUAUCCUGCGAAGGCUGGAACUUUAGUGACGAUAUUUUCGUUUUGAAAGGAUCCUGCGCUCUGCGCUACGAACUUUUGCCCACAAGUACUCGUAUCAGUGGAAGUUGGGAGUCGAUUCUCUUUAGUGUGCUCUUCUGGAGUCUGGCUGUGUUCAUUGUUCUCUCGUUGCUUCACACAUGCCUGGGAACGGAAAGAUACAAUGCUAUGGACGACCACAGUAAUGGCGCUCCACCGCCGUAUCAGAAACAUGUAACGUCCACCUUCUCUUCUCCUGUGACUCGCGCCAUGUCGGCCUUAGGACUCGGUGCUAUAGCCGGCUAUUUCUUCCGCACGCGUCAGACGGACCCUCCUUCCACCCAUGGCGAUAUGUACCGCCCGUUCCCUGCUUAUGGGACUAUGCCUCACCAUGGCGUAUACUAUGGAGAUGCUGCUGCGCAACUCCACAGUGACCACAUAGCUUCCUCUUCGUCAGCCCACACCAGCACAGGCUUUGGCGGCUCAGAAAAUCGAUAA